AUGCGAACUCACCUCACACCUAUAAAUAUUAUAGGAUGCAGUACACACACACAUUCUAAUAGCCCUGUCCUCAUCAUCGGUGCCGGUAUCUCUGGACUUGCACUUGCUCAGGGACUCCGCCUCCGAUCGAUCUCAUUCCGCGUCUUUGAGCGACAUGCUCAAAGCUACAACUCUCAAGGCCAUCACUUCCGCAUUUCCCCGGAAAGUGUGGCAGCACUUGACUACAUCCUCUUGCCCCAAUGCAAAGACCUCUUCAAGCGUACAGCGGCCGAGGGGGGACGUUUCCAGCCACGAUAUGUGGACGCCAAAGAGUUCGAAUUUGAGAAACCAACCCCUUUCUCAAAGCCACCUAGCAUGCCCAUCGACCGGACAUGGCUGCGACGCUUGAUGUUGCUCGGGAUAGAAGAUACGAUUGAGUACGAGAAAGAAUUCGUCUCUUAUGAAAUCCGGGGCAACGAGGUUCAUGUUUCUUUCGCUGAUAGAUCCUCAGCCCAGGGUCGAUUCCUGGUGGGAGCCGAUGGCAUCAAGAGUCGUGUUCGGAAGCAGUUCCAGCCUGAUCGCAAACUUCUUGAUCUUGAGCGUUGGAUCAUGUGGGGCAGGACAUUACUGACA